AGAAUUCUUCUCUUGGUUAUUCAACGACCAGGUGAGCAUCAUGAGUGGAACAAACUGAUGUCCUUAUUGCUGGACAUGCACCCAAAAAGAAAUAAAUGACAUGCUCUACAUCUAUUUCCUCAUCCUUAUGCAAAAUAAGUUUUGCAUUAACUGGAUUUCAUCAGUUAAAAUGAUAACGUUAAGAAUUUAUGGGUGACCAAGUUACCGCUGGCCAUAAAUACUAUUGUUUCUGUUGCUUUAAUGUUCAUAAAUAAUUGGCGACGACACAUUCAGUACAGAGUAGAAGUGCCUGUUUUAUGGCACGCUCAGUCAACGCUGUUCUCUUCCUGGAACCAAGAGCAAUGUGUGCCAAAACUCUUGCUUAAGUUGAUCUCAGCAGGUAUAUAAACCCUGCGACUGAAAGAGGGGCACGACGCAGAGCGGCCGGAAUUUCACCUUCAUUUACUAUUGAUUCAUUCUCUUGGAAUCAGGUCAAUAAGAGACCGUGAGCCUCUCUGCUAACCCUGGUCUGAACACCAAGAGAGACACAUGUUGAACCUGUGGAUCCUGGCAUGUCUCCUACUGCUACCAGCCGUAGCCGCUGGUAACUCAGGUGUGACAGUGACCAGCUGUGAGGCCUGCCAUAAGGACGCCACCUGCCAUACGUCUCCUGUCGUCUCAGACAACGCCGUGUCAGCUGUGUCCGUCACCCACACCUGUAGCUGUGUCCAAGGCUUUGUGGGCAAUGGCCUGUCCUGUUAUAACCGCUCGUCCUGUUCUGGGGACAGUCUCUGCUGUGGGCCCGGCUACCGUUGGUCCGCAGAGCAGGGCUGCGUGGAUGCGGACGAGUGUUCAGUCCCCGAUGGGGUCUGUCCACAGGGCACCGUGUGUGAGAACACGCCAGGGUCCUACCGCUGCCUGCAAUCUCAGCCUAGCAACGGAACGAGAGCUGAAGCUCGAUCACAAGCGGUCUUCUGUGAAGGUGUUUUGUGUCAGUUGGGGGAGGACUGCAUCAGUAUUGACGGAGGUCCCUCCCGCUGUCUGGAUCCGUGUCUGCACUACACGGCGCUCGACGACGCCUGGCGCUCCACCGACUUCGACGCUGUUUCCGGGCCCCGGAUGUGCGAUUCUCAAAGAAACUGGCACGGCUGGUACCGCCUCUUCCUGAACAACGCCAGUGUGCAGAUGCCCGAGAGGUGUGUUGAGAAAUACAAGUGCGGGACCGACGCCCCAGUGUGGCUGACCGCACCCCACCCAACUACAGGAGAUGGUGUAGUCGAGUACGGUGUCUGCGGGAGCUGGACACAAGGCUGCUGUCACUUUGCACUCAGUCCCAUCCUCGUGAAGGCCUGUCUGGGAAACUAUUAUGUCUACAAAUUUGUCAGCACAGCUGCCUGUAAUCUUGCCUACUGUGCAGAUAUCAACACCACUGUGUGCGGGACCUGCAGAGAAGGUGAAAGAUGUGUUAGUGAGGACAAGAUACGCUGGAGGUGUGAGAUGGCAGCCAGUGCACCGAUAAGGCUGGUCAACAGCAACACCUCCUGCUCUGGAAGAGUGGAGGUCUAUCACGAUGGCCAGUGGGGCACUGUGUGCGAUGACUUAUGGGACAUGAAUGAUGCUCAGGUGGUGUGCAGUCAGCUGGGCUGUGGGAAGGCUUUAUCAGCCCCAUAUGCUGCCUACUUCGGACAGGGGACUGGACCCAUCUGGAUGGAUGAUGUUGGCUGUUCAGGCAACGAGUCCUCUCUCGCUCAGUGUCCACACCGUGGGUUUGGGGUUCACAACUGUGGUCACCAUGAAGAUGCUGGCGUUGUCUGUUCAGGGCAGCUCCAGGUCAGACUGACUAAUGGACAGGACAGCUGCUCUGGAAGAGUAGAGGUCUAUCACGAUGGCCAGUGGGGCACUGUGUGCGAUGACUUAUGGGACAUGAAUGAUGCUCAGGUGGUGUGCAGUCAGCUGGGCUGUGGGAAGGCUUUAUCAGCCCCAUAUGCUGCCUACUUCGGACAGGGGACUGGACCCAUCUGGAUGGAUGAUGUUGGCUGUUCAGGCAACGAGUCCUCUCUCGCUCAGUGUCCACACCGUGGGUUUGGGGUUCACAACUGUGGUCACCAUGAAGAUGCUGGCGUUGUCUGUUCAGGGCCGUUCCAGGUCAAACUGACUAAUGGACAGGACAGCUGCUCUGGAAGAGUAGAGGUCUAUCACGAUGGCCAGUGGGGCACUGUGUGCGAUGACUUAUGGGACAUGAAUGAUGCUCAGGUGGUGUGCAGUCAGCUGGGCUGUGGGAAGGCUUUAUCAGCCCCAUAUGCUGCCUACUUCGGACAGGGGACUGGACCCAUCUGGAUGGAUGAUGUUGGCUGUUCAGGCAACGAGUCCUCUCUCGCUCAAUGUCCACACCGUGGGUUUGGGGUUCACAACUGUGGUCACCAUGAAGAUGCUGGCGUUGUCUGUUCAGGUCUUCCAAACUACCUGACCCCACAGCUCGAGUGUGGGCAGAGCUUCAUAGAAGUGACCAUCUACAGGCAGCCCCUGGAGACCAGUGGCUGGAAUGCCUCAUCUGCACACCUGGCUGAUCCCGAGUGUGGGCCAGAGAAGAAGGGCAGUGUCACCGUGUGGUUUCAGAUGAAACGCAAAGAGGGCAGCUGUGGAACCAUGCUGAGGACCAAUAGUACUCAUGCUGUUUACGCCAACAGUCUGUUUAUUUACCCCUUGAGGGGUUGGAACUCUUCCUCCCUUCCCAUGAGCUUCCCAUUCUCCUGCAUCUUCCCCUUGGAUGUCCAGGCCAGUCUGGACGUGGCUAUUGAACCUUAUAUAAUGGAGAACAUGGGAAUCCAGAGAACAGGGCCGAGGGCUAAUGCCACCAUGGUUCUGUACCGUACAGCCAACUUCACUGACCCCUACUCCCCGGGCUUGGUUGUGCUGCCCCUGGGCUCCGCUCUGUAUGUCGGUGUGUCUGUGAAAGAGCUGGAUACUGACAGAUUUGUGGUCGUUUUGGAGGACUGCUACGCCACGCCCUCAGCCAGUCCUGAUGACCCAGUGCGGUACUUCCUGAUUCAGAACAGGUGCCCCAGCGACCGUCAAGCGGUAACCAUAGUGGAGAGCGGGGUGUCCCUCCAGGCUCGUUUCUCGGCGCUGCUCUUUAUGUUCCAGGAACCCAACAUCUACCUGCACUGCAGCCUCACUGAGUGUGACCAGAGAGAGUCCAGCUGUGCCCAGUUCUGCUCUUCAAGGGGAAAGCGGUCCAUCUCCCAGGGACAGUUGCUCUCUAUCGGGCCCAUUUCAUGUAAGGUUCAAAGUUCUGCUGACCACUACAAAGUACUAGUUACACUUAGUUGCAAAAAUACUUCAGCUACAUUGAGUGAGAGAAGCUAUCAAGAAUUCUGAGAUGAUGCAGAUGUCACUAAUCGUUAACAAUUUCCAUCACCAUGAUCUGUUAUAAUAAUUUAUACACGUAUUUACUGGUGCCCAAGGUGGACCAGGGUUCAUGAAUGAACUAAAGUGUAGCUGCCAAAUAUAUUCAGCACUUACAGUCUGCAUGUUUCUUCA